AUGACAGACAAGAACAUAAGUCUCCCCGCUAAGCUGAUUAAUGGAGGUGUGGCCGGCCUGGUUGGUGUGACAUGUGUAUUUCCUAUUGACUUGGCCAAAACACGCCUCCAGAACCAACAGGGUGUUCAGGUCUACAAUGGAAUGCUGGACUGUCUGGCAAAGACAAUACGCUCUGAAGGCUAUUUUGGAUGCUACAGAGGUGCAGCAGUAAACCUCACUUUGGUUACACCAGAAAAAGCCAUAAAAUUGGCAGCAAAUGACGUCUUUAGACAAAAGCUCUCAAAGGAUGGGAAGUUACCCUUGUGGGGUGAGGUCCUGGCAGGCUGUGGUGCUGGGACUUGUCAAGUUGUGGUGACGACGCCAAUGGAGAUGCUUAAAAUACAGCUGCAGGAUGCUGGAAGACUAGCUGCUCAGAGACCGGCCCAGGCACCUGCCCAAACUGCUGGACCAGCUCCAUCACUUGUGGCCCCAUCGUCAGUGCAGCAGGUCCCCCCUCAGAGGCCCUCAGCCACUGGUCUAACAGUGCAACUGCUGAAGACCCAUGGGCUGGCUGGCCUCUACAGGGGAGCUGGAGCCACUUUAAUGAGGGAUGUGCCCUUCUCAAUGAUCUACUUCCCACUUUUUGCCAACUUGAAUGAUAUUGGCCGGGAACAGCACAGUGCUGCUCAAAGCAGAGCACCAUUCUGGCAGUCCUUCAUGGCAGGCUGCAUGGCUGGCUCUAUAGCUGCUGUGGCUGUUACACCACUGGAUGUAAUCAAAACUCGAAUACAGACCUUACAAAAGGGUGAAGGAGAGGACACAUACAGAGGAAUAAUUGAUUGCACAAGGCGCAUCAUGAAGAGAGAGGGCCCAUCAGCCUUUCUGAAAGGAGCGACAUGUCGUGCCCUAGUCAUCGCUCCACUUUUUGGCAUUGCUCAGGGAGUCUACUUCCUUGGUGUUGGGGAAGCCAUCUUAGGCCUGCUGGGAGGGUGA